AUGGUCAAUUCAAAGCUGCUGGCCCGGCCAGCUCUGCGACUGUCAGCUGCAGCCUCUCGCCGACCUCUGUCCGCCCUUUCACAGCAUCAAUUCACCCGCCUAACGCGUCCUAUCCUCUCGUCAGCUAUUGCCCAGGCCGUUCCCCGACGCACCUAUGCACAGGCUGCUGCUCCCGCCUCGUCUCCUGCUCCCGCACCAAAGAAGAGAUUUAGAUUGUUCAGAUGGUUCUACAGGCUAAUACUACUGUCAUUGCUGGGAGGAGUGGGCACGCUGGGAUACAGCAUCUAUUCUCUGCGUCAUCCCGCAGAGCAGUUCGUCCCGGACCCGGAGAAGAAGACAUUGGUCAUCCUGGGCACCGGAUGGGGCUCCGUCUCACUCCUCAAGAAGCUCGACACCGAAAACUACAAUGUCGUCGUCAUCUCCCCGCGCAAUUUCUUCCUCUUCACCCCUCUUCUGCCAUCAUGCACCACCGGCUUGAUUGAGCACCGCUCGAUCAUGGAGCCCGUCCGCAACAUCCUUCGACACAAGGCCGCGACUGUCAAGUACUACGAAGCCAAAGCCACCAAGAUUGACUAUGAGAGGAGAGUGGUGCAGAUUAGCGACGAAUCAGAGAUCCAAGGCGAAACUUCCAAGACUGAAGUGCCAUUCGACAUGCUUGUCGUGGGAGUCGGUGCGGCCAAUGCGACGUUCGGUAUCCCCGGAGUUGAAGAACACUCGUGCUUCUUGAAAGAAGUUGGCGAUGCGCAAAAGAUCCGAAAGCGAAUCAUGGACUGCGUUGAGACCGCCAUCUUUAAGGAUCAGACCCCGGAGGAGGUCAAACGCCUUCUUCACAUGGUAGUGGUUGGCGGAGGUCCAACCGGUGUUGAGUUCGCGGGCGAACUUCAAGAUUUUUUCAACGAGGACCUCAAGAAAUGGGUUCCUGAUAUCAAGGAUAACUUCCACGUCACUCUAGUUGAGGCUUUGCCGAAUGUACAGCUGCCAUGUUCUCCCCAUGUUCUCCAAGCAGCUCAUCGACUACACCGAAUCUACUUUCAAAGAAGAAGCCCAUUACGAUCCGCACCAAGACCAUGGUCAAGAAUGUUACAGAGAAAUACAUUGAAGCCGAAAUUUCGAACCCCGAUGGCACCAAGGAAAUUGAAAAGAUUCCCCUACGGCCUCCUUGUCUGGGCCACCGGUAACGCUGUUCGCCCCGUUGUCAAGGACCUCAUAAGCCAGAUCCCCGCCCAGAAGAAUUCCCGCCGUGGCCUCGCCGUCAACGAAUAUCUCGUCGUCAACGGAACCGAAAACAUCUGGGGCGUUGGCGAUUGCGCCAUCACCAACUAUGCCCCAACCGCACAGGUCGCCAGUCAAGAAGGCGCAUUCCUAGCCAGGCUCUUCAACACCAUGGCCAAAACCGAAGCCAUCGAGAAAGACCUAAAGAAACUUUCCAUCGCGCAUACUCCCACCAGGGCAGUCUGGCGUACAUCGGGCAAGGAACGCGCCGUUGCGGAUAUCAGCUGGCUCAGCGGGAACAUUGCUAGCGGUGGAACUCUGACGUAUCUCUUCUGGCGUAGCGCCUAUCUGAGCAUGUGCUUCAGCACGCGUAAUCGUGUUCUAGUCGCAUUCGACUGGAUCAAAGCUAAACUCUUUGGCCGCGAUGUCUCUCGCGAGUAA